AUGGUCUAUACCGAGCGAACUGACAAGUGCUUGAGCAGCACCGCCAAGGAUAAUCCCUCCUCGAAAGUCCAAAGUCCCUCAAAGCAUACUACUGGCUCAGGAUCGGCAGCCGGAUCAGGGUCCAGCUGGAGCAGUCAAGCUUCAAAUGCCGAGAAGUGGAAGUACAACUCUAUGGUGAAGAACGACCGCGAUAAGUUCAAUGGAAUGCAUUUCUCCUAAACCAGAAUCUCAACUAUACUGGGGUCGGGUAUGCAUGACGUUGUAACUUAAAGCUGGUUACUUGUUUCGCUUUAGAAUAGUUAUAUGGACUUAGGUAUAGCAAUGUGAUACAGAAAAAAAUUAUGAAACAAUCCAUUGGUUUAAAAUUAAAAUUGAAAAAAAGAUGCGCAGAAAGUUAAA